CCUGAGGGCGGAGCGGGGGCCGCCUGCGGCACGGCGGGGUGAGGAGCCCGCGCAGCUCCAUCCCCCCGGCGACUCCUCCCGUCCCGGCCCCUGAGGAGGGAGCGGAGCCGCGCUCGGUUCCAGCGCCGCCAGCGAACCCGCCAUGUCCGGCCAAAGCCUCACCGACCGCAUCACGGCGGCGCAGCACAGCGUGACCGGCUCGGCCGUCUCGAAAACCGUGUGCAAGGCCACGACCCACGAGGUCAUGGGCCCCAAGAAGAAGCACCUGGACUAUUUAAUCCAGUGCACGAAUGAGAUGAACGUGAACAUCCCACAACUGGCGGAUAGUUUAUUUGAAAGAACUACCAACAGUAGCUGGGUAGUGGUCUUCAAAUCUCUUAUCACAACCCAUCAUCUAAUGGUGUAUGGAAAUGAGCGUUUUAUCCAGUAUCUGGCGUCCAGAAACACAUUGUUUAACUUGAGCAAUUUCCUAGACAAAAGUGGAUUGCAAGGUUAUGACAUGUCAACGUUUAUCAGGCGGUAUAGCAGGUAUUUGAAUGAAAAGGCAGUUUCCUAUAGACAAGUGGCUUUUGACUUCACAAAAGUAAAAAGAGGGGCUGAUGGAGUGAUGAGAACAAUGAGCACAGAAAAACUCUUAAAAACUGUACCAAUUAUACAAAAUCAAAUGGAUGCACUUCUUGACUUUAAUGUUAAUAGCAAUGAACUUACAAAUGGUGUAAUUAAUGCUGCCUUCAUGCUCCUCUUCAAAGAUGCCAUUAGACUGUUCGCGGCAUAUAAUGAAGGGAUUAUUAACCUCUUGGAAAAAUACUUUGAUAUGAAAAAGAACCAAUGCAAAGAAGGCCUUGAUAUAUAUAAGAAGUUCCUCACUAGAAUGACACGGAUCUCAGAGUUCCUUAAAGUUGCAGAGCAAGUUGGAAUUGACAGAGGAGACAUACCAGAUCUCUCACAGGCACCGAGUAGCCUUCUUGAUGCUUUGGAACAACAUUUAGCUUCUCUAGAGGGGAAGAAAAUCAAAGAUUCCACAGCUGCAAGCAGGGCUACCACCCUUUCCAAUGCAGUCUCUUCCCUUGCAAGCACUGGCCUGUCCCUCACAAAAGUGGAUGAAAGGGAAAAACAAGCUGCAUUAGAGGAAGAACAGGCUCUCUUAAAAGCUUUAAAGGAGCAACGUCUAAAAGAACUUGCAAAGAAGCCUCAUACCUCUUUAACCACGGCAGCUUCUCCUGUGUCAACUGCAGCAGGAAGUAUAAUGACUACACCAGCCAUUGAUAUUUUUUCUACCCCUAGCUCCUCUAACAGCACUUCAAAGCUGCCAAAUGAUCUGCUUGAUUUGCAGCCAACUUUUCAUCCAUCUGUACAUCCUAUAUCAGCUGCUCCACAAGUAGGAAGUACCUGGGGAGAUCCUUUUUCUGCUACUGUUGAUAGUGUUGAUGAUGCCAUUCCAAACCUAAAUCCUUUCCUUACAAAAACUAACGAUGCUGCUCAUCUGUCUGUGUCUUCUGAUGUAUCUACUUUCACCAGUAGGACACCCACUCAUGAAAUAUUUGUUGAUUCUUUUUGUGGUCCUCAAGCUUAUCCUAACGCUUCUCAUUUCCGCAAUGAGCCUUCUUCUGUAGCUGGUCUAUUUGGAGGGUUCACUCCAUCUCCUGUUGCUCAACCACAACCAUCAGCUGGCCUUAAUGUUGACUUUGAGUCUGUGUUUGGAAACAAAUCUUCUAACGUUGUCCCAGAUUCUGGUGGCUUUGAUGAACUAGGUGGUCUCCUAAAACCAACAGUGGCCUCUCAAAACCAGAGUCUUCCAAUUGCCAAAGUACCGCCUAAUAAAUUAGUGUCAGAUGAUCUGGAUUCAUCUUUAGCCAAUCUUGUAGGCAAUUUGGGCAUUGGAAAUGGAACUACUAAAAAUGAUGUAAACUGGACUCAGCCAGGUGAAAAGAAACUAACAGGUGGUUCCAACUGGCAACCCAAGAUUGCACCUACAACUGCGUGGAACGCUCCAACGUUGAAUGGCAUGCAUUUUCCACAAUACGCGCCCCCUGUAAUGGCCUAUCCUGCUACAACACCAACAGGAAUGAUGGGCUACGUGAUGCCAUCACAGAUGGGAGGCAUACCAGUAAUGACCCAGCCAACUUUGAUAUACAGUCAGCCAGUCAUGAGACCACCAAACCCCUUUGGACCUGUACCGGGAGCACAGCUGUCUGCAGCAUCCAGCCCUUCCAGUCAGAGUCCUCACAGAGCCUCAGGAAAGGAUCCCUUUGCAGAGCUCUCUCUCCAGGAUUUCUUGUAGAACAACUUAGAUUCAGUUUAUGUAACUGUUUUAGAAUGGAAGAGAAAGAAACGUUUCCAAAAAGAUGUGCUCAGCAGUAAACUCCCACUUCCAGGAAAAAAAUGAACUUCAGUCCCUCAAACUCUCCUCUUCCAUUAAGUGAUGCAGUGAAAUGAUGAAGACCAAUGAAGGAAGCUGGGACAUCUCCAUAAGAAGACAUCAGUACAUAACACAAAGCCAAGAAUUGCCAUGAAUUAAGACCAAGAUCUGUUUUUGUCCUGGUGACUAACACGUCAAUACUCUCAGCUUCUAAUAAUAUCCUUAAUUGGUAACGUACAAAGAGAAGCCUUUAUUCUGGAAAUUGAUAUUGGUGUUUGGAAAUGCUGCCUGGAUUGGAGAUGUGUCCUUUACCGUAACUCAAAACAAGACUCUGGGCAGGGGAGGGUGGAAUCCUAACUCUUAAUUCUGCAGUUACCUUUUCUUCAGUCCUCACAAAUGUAGGCACAGCAGUAAUGGAAAUUAACUUUUUUUAAAAAUUAUAUAUUCAGUUUGCAGUAGACAUUCCUUAUGUAUUAUUGUUUGUAUUUAUUUAUGAUUAUCAAUUUAACAUUAAUAUUGUAUCAAAAAAAACCUCCUUAUGAAAAUGAGUAUGGAUGUAUACAGUAUGUCUGAUUUUUAUCCACAAAGAAUGAAUCUGAUUCAGAAUGCUUUUCAGCUGACAUACAGAGCACUAAAUAUUUUAAAGAUCUGAAUCUAAUGAAUUCUCAGUAUAUAUGGGAAUUAGGGAAGAGCUGUAAAACACAUUAAUCCUUAUAGUCAAUUCUGUGCCUAGGAUUUUGCAAGGGAACAGUUAACUGACUAGAAGAAGCACUACAUUUUUAAUUCAGCAUUAGUGCAUCGGGAAGGAACUUUAUUGCUUUGUGCUUGGCAUGUCAUUAUUUUUACAUUUGACAUUAUAAGGCCUUUCCAAGAUGAAUGUGAGGAAUUGCUUUCACUUUUAAGACUUUCCUUCUUUUCUGUAAAAGAAAAUAAAUUGAGGUGUUGUGUGUUGGGGGGGAAAGCCUUUUCAUUUGGCUCGUUCAUGAUCAUGUACCUUUUAAAAGUAAAAAAAGGGGAAGUAGCUUCCUUACACAUGUCUAGUGGGUAUUUAGUUCAUGAGGAAUUAAAGUAGCGCUGUUGAUCGGUGCUUUGUGUAAAUACACCAUAACUUUUGGGUGGAGUGGGGCCUUCAGAAGGAUAGUCAAUGAUACGAAAGCAAUUCUGUACAUGAAUUAAGCAUACUUGCUGCAUUGUCUCUGCAGAUUCUAUUUUUGUUUAAAAUAUUAAAAUGUAUGUUAGCAAAAAUGGGUGGAUUUUCAAAUAAAAUGCAGCUUCCACAGAACUUUUGUUACGGUAUGAAAGUCUGAGGUGCUUCUUUUCUUUUUGCUGCUUAAAAUGUGCACUGAUAAUUGCUUUGUUUACUUAAUAAAAUACCAAAUGUA